AUGACGCGCAGCGCCCGCAGCUCUACCCUAUGCGAGUGGGCACUUGGCGUCAGCGUCGAGGAAUACUGCAACUCUAUUGAGCGGCGCAGGCGGAAGAAGUCUAGCAGCAGACAGCGGAUCUGCGUCGAGAUUUCCACUGACGAUGAAUCCGAGGAGGACACUGUCAAGAUCACAUACCCGCGCGCCAAUCGCAGCAAGGACUCUUCAGGCUCCGGGUCCAAGAAGGUCCGUUUUGAGAAGGCCUCAGCGAAGUCUGCACUGAAGGCUGCAGAGUCAGAAGCCGAGUCCAAAGACAAGAAGAAGUCGGAUAAGGCAGACGACACAUCUGAGUCUGAAUCGGAGGCCAAGUCGAAGAAGAAGAGAAGCGACAAGGCCGCCAAGAAGAAGAAGAAGAAGGUAGCAGAUUCUUCGUCCGAAAGUGAGACAGACGAGAGUGAGGAGGAGAUGCCGGCACCCCCCAAGAAGAAGAAGACGCAAGAAAAGACCAAGGACGGUGUCAAAAAAUCGGCCAAGACCAAGGAGAGCGCUGCCCCAGCCGACACCGAACCCAACAACGUCGGCCCUACGGACAAGAAAGUUCGGAACAAGCAUGGAGGAGCGAAGGCGAAUGAGACCAAGAAGCUCGACAAGCCUCAGAAAGUAAUGCCCGAGGCUGCGCUGUCUCCUCACCUACGCCGUCCCAAUCUCAUUAUGCCCAUCCGCGCGGAGGUCGUCCAAGUUGAGCAUACCAUUGAGGGCGUCGAAGAUCCUCGACCCAAUGCUUUCCACGACCCUCAGCACGGUGUCGUCCGAGUCUAUCAUGGCCCAGCCUACGGUAACCCCUACGGCUUGCUAUAUCCUGCUCGCGACCCGAAAAACGCUCCUUUGCCGAUGGGUGUUCCCCAUCCCCUGCAGAACCCCUAUUUCCACGGCUUCGCCAAUCCUGCAAACCCCGGAGAUGCCCACUUCAAGGGCCACUCUCCCUGGGGCUCUAUGCCAGUCACGUGUAUGCCUGGAGGACCGCCAGUCAUGGCGCCAGUCGACCCGAUGCAGAUGGGGAUGCAGAUGCCGUCGUGGUGGGGUCCUAUGUCUCCUAAAGUUCUCUCUCCAAAGGGAUCUCCAAAGCCUGUUAUGUCGGGAGCCAUUCCAGCAGACACGGCAUCGACAGGUGCCAAGAAUAAGGAACAAGGAUGGGAUACCAAUGUCGGUCCUCAACAAAGCAAGGCCCCUUCGCCUCUGGCAAAGGUAGCGAGCCCUAACAACGUGGCUCCUGCUUCCCCUAUCAACAUCAAUUUGACAGUGAAUCCGAAUACCCCAUGGGCUGCUUUUGCUAGCGACCUCAGCAAAAAGUCUACUCCGAACAAGAACGGAUCGCAGAAUGGAAGCAAAAACUCCUGGGGAUCGAAGAAGAGCACAGACUGGCAGCCCUUGGGCAGUGGCCAGCAUCCAGAUCUUGCUUGGGGCAACACUCCCACGAAGAGCCAGGGGAGCAACAAGGGGAGCAACAAGGGCAGUAAUUCAGGCUGGACCAAGAUUGGUGAUGCGAACAAUGAUUCUUGGGGAGCGACUGGGGCCAGCGGAAGCAACAGUGGGUGGAACACCACGAACACUGACCAGGCCAAUGAUACUUGGGGGACAUCCGGCAACACCCAGGGCAACGACGCCCAGACAACUUCUGGUGGCGAUGGCUGGACAACGACGAAUGGUACCACUUGGGACAACACCGACAAUAAUAACAACAACACCGAAGCCAUGAACAAAGAUGGAUGGGGAGCCUCCAACGACCAGUCGGCCGAUGCCUGGGCCAACUCUGGAGGCGACUACAGCAACAACUGGGGAACUGGAUCGAACCAUUCUGGCUCCAAGAAGUCAAACAAGAACCAAAAUGGUAAUGGGAGCAACCGAAGUGCCAGUGGUCAAGCCAAGCCUGCUGCGAACUGGGAUGGCCAGGGAAACAAUGUUGGCUACUCAGGAUCGGAACGUAAGGUGUCGAAUACCUCGAACAAGUCGAAGAAGACAUCGCCGCCGCCGCCUUCAACCAAUGACGGCUGGGACAACAACGCUGGGCCUUCGACCAACAGUCCCGUCGGUGACUCGUCCAAUAAAAGCAACGGAGGUAAGAAGAGCUCAAAGAAUGCAUCCAAGGGCGACGCGUGGGGAACUGCCAGCAACUCGGCCUGGACAACAGACAAUAAUGCCGGCCCAACGGCCAAAAACAGCCCUCACAAUUCCCAAUCCUCAAAGAAGAGCUCGAGAAGUAAGGAGAAGACCGAUCAGUGGGUUUCGGCUGGCGGCGGCGCCGGAUGGGGCCCCGAGACCACAAGUGGCGAAGUCAACUAUGGCCCGACGGCGACCGAGAUGAGCAAGACCUCGAGCAGCAGCAAGAGUAUGCCAGGCGCCUGGGAUGUCAACAUCCCUCCUUGGGGAGACGCGACUUUGGCGCAAUCGACAGGUGGCGCGGCAGAUCAAUGGUAGAGGUGGUUUUGGCGAAGCCGAGUUCAUGGGGAGCGCCUGAAGUAUACCACAACCAGGAGAAGUGGAAUCGACUGGCGAGAGACAUUUGACAGCAGCUGCUUGAACUUUUUUUGGGAGGCCGAGAGAUCUCGGUGUUCUGCAUUUUUUGGGGGGUGGGGGGUUUCCCAAGCAUGGAGGUUAUGGGCUUUGGCGAUUACAUUAUUCGAUGGGAGUUGCGGGCGGAGGAGAUAUUGAGUUUUACUACUAGAUCUUUUACCCGCAUGGGAGGC